AUGGCAAUAAAACAAGAAGGACGUCUCGGCGAUCCCAAUAUGGAUCUGAGUACCGACCCGCGCAUGGACCCCAAUCUUCUCAAAGCAAUAGCCGCUCUAGGCCUGACCGGCAACGCUCCGGAUCCCCCCGUCCGCCGUAGCGAUCCCCAUCCGCAACAACUUGAAUAUAUUGCAGCCGUCGAUCAGAAUUUUAAUGCUUUCUUCGAUGCGUUGCCGAACGAUCUCCCGGAUGAUCAUAACCGAGGCAAGGUUGACUACAGGACUGAAACCAUCAAAGGGGUCGACAACAACGAUAUCAUUCUGCACAUUUACCGCCCCGCCGGAGUGGAGAGGCCUUUACCGUGUGUGAUAUAUAUCCACGGCGGUGGGAUGGUGAUCAUCAAGACAGAAAAUCGGGCAUGCAAGACCUGGUGCGAAGACCUUGCAUUGACCGGCCUAGUUGCCAUCGCCAUCGACUUCCGCAACGGAUAUACCAAGGAGGGGCUUCAUCCGUAUCCCGCGGGCCUGAACGACUGUAGCACUAGCGUGGCAUGGAUCAGUGCCCAUAAGAAGGAGCUCGAAAUCACAAAGAUCGUGGUGCAAGGCGAAUCUGGCGGCGCGAAUCUCUCCUGCGCGACAGCGCUAAAGGCUAAACGCGAUGGCAAAAUGAGUAUGAUUGACGGCGUGUACGCUAUAGUGCCGUACAUCAGCGGCGCAUACGGCUGGGACGAGGCGAAAAAGUUGGAGCAGCUGCCCUCGCUCGUCGAGUGCAACGGCUACUUCCUCAACUGCCAGCAGAUGGAUGUGAUGGCCGGAUUUUACGACCCGACUCGAGAAAACGAGACCAAUCCGCUGGCCUGGCCGCUGCACGCCUCGACGGAGGAUCUGGCGGGCCUGCCACCCCAUGUGGUGGUCGUGGAUGAGCUGGAUCCGCUGAGGGACGAGGGCAAGGAGUAUUUAAGGAAGUUACAGCGGGCGAGUGUGAAAGCUAUCGGAAGAGUAAGUCUAGGUCUCACGCAUGGUGCGGAUUCGAUUAUGCGGCAGGCGGUUCCCGAGGUUUAUAAGAUGACUGUCAGCGAUGUCAAGCGGUUCGUGGAUAGCAUUUAG